GGCGGAGACUUUCCCCCACUCCGAGAAUUAUAAGAUGGCGACCGCCGAACCGGAAACCAGCGCAAGUCCAACGCUGCCUGAGGAAGAUGGACCUGAUGUGUCGGGACUGGAGAUUGUGAGCCCAGAGGCCUACAUCAAACAUCCCCUCCAGAACAGCUGGUCUCUUUGGUUCUUCAAGAAUGACAAGAGCAAGACGUGGCAGGCCAACCUGCGGCUCAUCUCCAAAUUUGACACGGUUGAAGAUUUCUGGGCUCUCUACAAUCACAUCCAGGUGUCAAGCAACCUCAUGUCAGGCUGCGAUUACUCACUUUUUAAGGAUGGCAUUGAACCCAUGUGGGAAGACGAGAGGAACAAGCGCGGCGGCCGCUGGCUGAUGACACUCAACAAGCAGAUGAGGAGAUCAGACCUGGACCGCUUCUGGCUGGAAACACUGCUGUGUUUAGUCGGAGAGGCCUUUGACGAUUACAGCGAUCAUGUCUGCGGAGCCGUGGUCAACAUCCGCACAAAAGGAGACAAAAUAGCCGUGUGGACCGCAGACUACGACAACCGGGAAGCUGUAACACACAUAGGGAGAGUGUACAAGGAGCGCCUGGGGCUUCCCACAAAGAUGACCAUCGGCUACCAGUCCCACGCAGACACAGCCACCAAGAGCGGCUCAACCACCAAGAACAAAUUUGUUGUUUGAGAAAUGCCCUAUGUGCCUCUCUCAUCUUCUUGUCUUAUUUGUUGUUGGUGCAUAUGUUUACUUUGCUGCAAAGACUGUGCGGAAUGCAAUCAUGAGGAAAGGAAGCUCAAUCCAUGACUACAAGCCAAACGUUUCCAUAAACUGCCAAGGACGUGAAUCACAGGGAAAACACCCACGGAAAAAUCAUGACAAACAUGAAUCUUCCAAAACACUAACCGUGAGAGGUAUUAAUAGUCGAUGGUAACUAGAGUACUGCAUACUCUACUAAAGUUUUUUUUUUUUUUUUUAUCGCAGGGAACCCUGAAAUGCUAAAACAAUUAUUCUACAGCAUUGUUGUUUGCUGUAAUCCUAAAUGACAUUAAACCCUUUUAAUUUAUUCUAUUAAUUUGCCUGCAUUUUAUUAGAUUUCUAGACCUUUGUUUUCUGCUUUUUUGCCUUGAACUGUUGAACAUAAUCAACCUUUUAAAGUAUAUCAUGACUCAGCGGAGUGUUAAUAUAAUUAAAACACUGGUUUUGCAGUUA